UUUGUCGGCCUUUAUUGAAAGUUGAAACUAUUUAUUAUAUGAAAGAAAAUUAUGAAAGAUAUGAAUUCAGCACAAAACAACGUUUCGGAUUUGUUAAAACUAGCCCGCAAGUUUAAUUCUUUCUACCUCUCAGGUUUACAUCAAGGAAUAUGUAAGCCCUUCAUAGUGGCUGGGCAUCAAGUUGGUCUUGUCCGACCUGAUGUUUUAAAAUAUUUGCAGCGUUUCCCAGAGGUGUUCAGAAUCGCCGGGAAAUAUGUGGAAUUAAAUCCUGCUUUUAGAGAUUACAAAGAAAGGACCACAAGAGUUGCUGAUGUCCUGCAAAAACUGAGGAAGGAGAAUGAGAUAUGCGCAUUAAAAGGAUGGAGAGAUGAGUGUUUUGAAGUCAGCACUGCGUUUUAUCAAGAGAGCCUAUUGGAGAUGGACAGGAGUGCCAUAUGCCUAUUUGGUAUUAGAAAUUAUGGCGUCAGUGUCACCGGCUAUCUCAAUCAUCCCAGUAAAGGACUAUGCAUUUGGUUACAACAGCGGAGUUUUACCAAACAAACAUGGCCUGGUAAAUGGGAUUGCUUUGUUAGCGGUGGUCUCGCGGUGGGAUUUGGUAUUCUAGAGACAACUAUAAAAGAGGCCGCAGAAGAGGCAUCUGUGGAGGGAGAAUUGGUAAAAAAAUUGGUACCAGCUGGCUGUGUAAGUUUCUAUUUUGAAAGCGAGCGAGGCCUGUUUCCAAACACGGAGUAUGUUUAUGAUCUUGAACUGCCUUUGGAUUUCGUACCUCAAAACGCUGAUGGCGAAGUCGAGAGCUUCGAGCUGCUCACUGCCGAGGAAUGUAUACAGCGAGCUCUCUCGCCUCAGUUCAAGACCACCAGUGCACCAGUACUCAUAGAUUUCCUCAUACGUCGAGGUUAUAUCAAUCCGGAGAACGAGCCAAACUAUCGGUACUUGGUCGAGUUGUUGCACGUACCGUUGCAGUCUAUUUACAAUUGGCCGUUCACUCACAUGGUCGCCGCGGCCGCCGUCAACGGAGACGACCAAGGCAUAUACGACGACAACUAAUUUUCCAUUCGUGCAUAGAUUAGUGAAUUUAAAAAAAAAACAGAUACAAAAAAAAUGCUGUGCUGUCGUUCAUUUUGUAUUAUUUUUAGUUUAGAUACCUACAUUGAAAAAUGUGAUGUAUUUAGUGAGAUUAUAUUUUUUCAUUGUCAGACAAUUAUUAUUUAACUAAACGACAAAUGUAUUAUUAUAUUGUAACUGGUAUUGUGUGUGCAUUUUUGUUUAACAAACAAUUAAUUUUUAUGUGAUCGUAUAGUAUUUAACUUCGGUUUUCGCCAGUGAUGGAUUAACGUCUAGGGCGGCAACAUUUUUGAAAUGCCAAAAUUUCAGAGGCAAAAAAAAAUAUAGUCAGUCUCCUUUGAAACUGAGUUCAGAUUAAUUUUUCUAAAAAAAUAUGUAAUGUUAUUUCAAAUUUGAAAUAAAAAUAUUAGAUCACAAUUUAUAAAGUUUAUUCUAACAUGGGUGGCGCGAUAAACACGGGUCUAAGAGCCCUCGCCCGCGGCGACUUUUUGUAGCGAUGCUAUCGCACGUUCUCAUCGAUACAGCCGCGAUGCUGCCGCUGGAUGUGUAACAUCGCCCAAAUUCUGUAUCACUACUAUCGCGAUGCUGUCGCGCUUCAAUCGCGACGCAAACGCGAUUCAGAAUCUACACAGAAAUGUUUGUACGCGUUUGCAGCGAUACAGUCGCGAUGUUGUCGCGCAUGUGUAUCGAAUAGUAUCGCUACAGCCGCGCGUUUGCAGCGAACGUUACAAAUGCGAUUAAAGCGCGAUAGUAGCAUCGCUACAAAAAGUCGCCUCGGGCGAGGCCCCUAAGGCGGCAUUAAGCCUAAAUCUGUCACUGGUUUUCGCGAGGUAUUAACGCGACUGACCGUCACUUGCUCGAGACGACGAGAACUGCGAAGUAUUAGACACGUCGGAUAUAACUAUAUGAAAAUAAUAAACAAGCAAGAUCAAAACGUAUAUUAUAUUAUGAUCAUUUAAAACGUUUCUUCGUUAUCGUUCGCUUGCACGUUACAAAUCAACCGUGGUGCCUAAAUUUUAUUUAAGCAAUAUUGAUUGUGAGUGAGUGAAUUUUCUAUUUUAGUAUUGUAACUGUUAAAGUUUUAGUUCAUUGUAAUUAAUAGUGUCAUAGCUUAUGCUGUUGCUGAGCACGCUUAAUUUCUGUGAUACCGUAUCGGUUUGAUUGAUAAAACGCAUUGUUUUAAAUUUUAUCAUUAGCUUUAUUAAACAUAAAUUGAGAAUCAGUGUUCUUAUCCAACCUUUUUUCCGUAUAGUACUUUUUUUUUUUUGAAUAUUUUAUUUAAUACAUCGUGACUCAUUGUAAAUUAUCAGAAUUGUUUAGUAUAAAGUGUUUCGUAAUAUAUUUUGUAUCAUACAUUCGCUUGAAUCAGGGCUUCGUAUAAUUUUAAAAGCACGAUUUAAUGCGUCGGUAACGUCUAGUCAUACGUUACGUUCCGUUUCGUGUGGGAUGGACGAUAAAAUAGUUUUUCAAUGGAAAUCGGGAUAUUUUUUUAUCUGAAAAACAUCUCAUGGAACCAAAAUACCCUGAUUUCAAAUGAGCUUCUAAAACUAUCAAUAACAAAGGGCCGUUAGAAGUUUUAUCGGCUGGAGAUUUCAUUUGAAAAUGUUCCUUUUUAUAAAAAUCUUAACGCCCAUUUUGCACUAAACUUUUGUGGUUUUAACACGAUGCUUAAAUAAUUUAGGAUAAACCUAAUUAAAAAAUGUGUUGCAAUAGACUUGAAGUAAUAUUAUAAAUGUUAUUGUCAGCCGUAGUUUUAUGAAACCGAAUGUGUAGAUCCAACUACAUGUUUACUUACACACCAGUGAUUAAAAUUGCUUAAUUAUUUAUUUUUAUUAACAAUGUUACCGCAUUUUGGAGUUUCAAGAGUCUUUGGUGACGUUAAUUUUUAGGAUAAAAUAUCGUUUUGAACCUCUGGGUCUACACGUAGGAAUUACGGCUCCCAGUGUAUUGCGUACCGUAUGAUUCGUGGGCAGUGUUCAGAGGAGCUAUUUACGAUAAUCCCAUCAUCCCCAUUUUUCCAGCUCCACCCACCAUCACAGUGCAGUUCAUGCUUUAAAGAACAAAAUGUACAAUCUUAUCAGUCAUCCUGUGUUUUACCUCCACAAGCUCCUUUGGCUCCUUCCGAAGUGCUGGUGGACAAGGCCUACAAUCUAUUUCUGCAGUAAUAACGCAUUUCGGUUACAAAAGUAGACCCGUACGCGAGACUUCAGAUUUAUGUAUGUAGUUAAACAACGACAACCACGUUCUCAUGGUUGUUCCA